AUGACUUUUGCCGACUGGAAGACUGGUCUAGACUCCAAAGCACUCGGCUCGUGGAAUCUUCACUGCUGCAUGCCGCAGAAUCUAGACUUCUUCGUUAUUGUCGCCAGUCUCAAUGGGAUUUUUGGCGGGCGUGGACAGGCUAACUACGCCGCUGGCAAUACGUAUAAAGAUGCUUUGGCACAUUACCGAAUCGGACUGGGACUCAAAGCCGUUGCAAUUGAUUUGGGGCUCGUGGUCGAUCAAGGUCUUGUCUCCGAGAACAAGGACAUACUUGAUUCUUUGAGACGAGUUGGACAUCUAAAAGACAUCCGAUCCGAAGAUCUGCUUGCACUUCUGGACCAUUACUGUGACCCCCACAUCUCCCACUUCUCAGCCACGAAGAUGCGCAAGUUCUAG